GAAUAUCCUUUCUGUUGGCUAUUACCUCGUAGUACACCUCAGAGAGAGGAUAUUAUUCAGUUGCUAACAUGACUUCAAAGGCGACGAAGAAGUCUACGGAAGAUGAGUUUGAGGAGUACACCCACCAGUUGAAUGGUUCACCGUUGAACGUCCCUCUAGAUACAGGAACGAGAAACCCAGCCAAAUUCACUAAGACCAAGGUAACGACGGAUUCCGGAUUCGGAAUUAGUGGGACUAGGCUCGAACAAAUUCAUCAGUCGGACCAAUUGAGAGUAACUUCUGAGCAGGAAUCUGAUGAAGACAUGGAAAAUUACUUGAUCUUUGAACGGGAUUUGAAAUUUUUUGGUUUUUUUGGUGAUAUAUUGGGCGUUGAUAUGGUAUUCGAUUGGAAACCUGGGUUUCUGUUUUGUGUCAGUUUGUUUCUCAUUUUUGUGAUUGUCUCUCAACUUACAUACACACAAUAUCUGCACGUCGUAAAUAAGAACUACUAUAGGCUUUUGGAGACGUUGGCAUGCUACGGCAUCACGAUAUCGAUGGUGAUAAAAAUUGUGUUAUUCCUCAAAAGUUACAAAGCAAUGAAAGCACUGAUCAAUUCUACAAUUAGGGUGUGUAAAGCGAAUGGAAGGGGCUAUCGAGCCGCUAAAAUCCGAGACCGUUUGCUAUACAAUUCUCGAUUCUACAUGUGGACCACCAUUGUUGUUAUGGCAUCAAUUACCAUUUUUCUCGCUUAUCCAACCAAAGCUUUUCUUGUUGAUCAUGAACUCAUUUCCUUACUGCCAAUCGAAUAUAUUUUUGUGGACUUGUCAACAUUGUAUGGAUUUAUUACGGCAAACCUAAUAUCGUCGCUAUUAGGAGUUUUUGCCAACGUUGCUACCGCGUACGCUAUCCAAAUAAUUGUCUCAUUAAUUCUGAACUACUCCAUAUUCGUUGAUAUGUUUGAAGAAGAUGUGAAGUCUUUAGAUGAGGUAUGUAACCGAGUAUCAGGUGCAACUUUCACCUAUCGACAUUCAUUCCUGAGAAACUUUUGUCGGAUACAGCAAGACAUGGAUGCAUAUGUGGUAGAAGUGAAGAGAGUCCUGGAUGGUUACAUUUACCAUUAUUUCAUUGCUUCGUAUUUAGGCCAAAUCAUUUGUUUGUUUCAAAUUGUUGUCAGUGAUUGGAAAAGUGGUUACGCCAUUGCAUAUGGUAUGUUUUUGGAAAUGAUGUUCUAUUGUCUAAUGGGAACGAAGAUAUCAUCUGAAACUUUUGAACAGAAUGAACGAAUUAUAAGUGCUCUACAAAAGUCAAAUUGGUAUUCAUAUGACGUGUACUCGCAAAAAGUAUUUUUGACCUUAUGGAUGGCUUCUACAAACGCCAGAGAAUUGCGGAUAGGUCCGUUGGCACCACUAAGCGUAUUGAGUGGAACGAAUGUUGUUAAGAGCAUCUACACUUAUUUCAAUAUAUUGCUUGAAGUUGUUUAGGACUCUGUAUUGUAUUUGGAUUAUUCCGUAUUGGUCGCCUCUGCUUCUGGUUUCGCUGACAUCGGUGUCCUGCUCUUCAAAGUACCGGAUGCAAUUAUUCUUGAUGAUAGCCUUGAAAGUGAAUUAAAUAAACGGUUGUGACCUUCA